UGAGUGUUGACACCCAAAUCCCAGACUUAGAUGUGGCUUCAUUAAGAAGGCAGCCACUGUGGCAAAAACUCGGCAGCGAACAUCUAAAAUGAAGAGGCCCCGAACUUUUGAGGAGCAAACAGAAUGCAUCUUGAACACUUUACUCACAGACUUCUUAGGCACCCCGAUGCAGGUUGCUAACCGGGACCUAUGUUGUGGAGACGAACCAGAUUCAGGAGAGCCUUGCUCUUUUGACGUGGCCAUCAUUGCUGGUCGCCUUCGGAUGUUGGGUGACCAGUUCAAUGGAGAAUUGGAAGCUUCUGCCAAAAAUGUCAUUGAAGAAACCAGUCGUGGACGGGCAGGAGCUGCACUUCAGGACACAGUCAAAAGUCAGGCUUGGUGUGCUCAGGAUUCCAGCUUAGCUUAUGAGAGAGCCUUUCUGGCAGUGUCAGUGAAGCUUCUUGAAUACAUGGCCCACAUCGCUCCCGAAAUGUCAAGACAGGUCGUUGUCUCCAUGACAAGCAUGAUCAAUGGGAACAAUGCCAUCCAAGAGUUUGUCCAGGGCCAGGGAGGCUGGGAAAACCUGGAGAGCUGACUACGAAGCGGUGGCGCUGUUUCCUAGCUUCAACAUCACUGCCAC